AGGGAAAAAGAGGGAGAGAUGGAGAUUGAUCUGUCACUGAACAUAGAUGCUAAAGAAGAGGAGGUAGAAGAAGAAGAAAAAGAAGUGGACGAAAAAGAAGAAGAAGAAAAAGAACAAAAAAAUGGUCAUGAACAUGUACAUGAUGCGGAAGAAGCAGCUGAGGCCACAGCAGGAGAAGUAGAUGAUGAUAAUGAUGAUGAUGAUGCAUCAGUAGUAGAGGUAUCCUUGCAACAAAGCAUUAAGACUGAAGAGUUGUGUGUGUUACAAAUGGAGAUGAACCGCAUGAAAGAAGAAAACAAGGUGUUGAGGAAGGUAGUGGAGCAAACGAUGAAAGAAUACUAUGAUUUGCAGAUGAAAUUUGCGGCUAUCCAGCAAGAUAACCAGAAAAAGGACCCUCAAAUCUUUCUCUCGCUCCAUGGUAAUUAUGACAACACUACUCAAGAACAAAAGGCGGUUCCCAAAAUUCUAGACAUCAGUAACCAGUCUUCAUUGGUAUCACAUAAGAAUGGUAUUGGUAAUAGAGAGAGUGAAUUAGGGUUAUCAUUGAGGCUACAUAAUACGGAUGCUCAUGAAGACCAUGAACGAGUGGAAAUUAAAGAAAAAGAAGAAGCGAACAAGAAGCUAGAAUUGGCAAGUUUUGCUCCAUCAGUACAAAACAAGCAGCAGAGGCCUGGUGAUUUGGGUGGAUCUACUGGCCAUGUUGCCUCCCCAGCCAAUAGAAAAGCUAGGGUUUCAGUCAGAGCUAGAUGUGAAGCAGCUACAAUGAAUGAUGGGUGCCAAUGGAGGAAAUAUGGGCAAAAAAUUGCAAAAGGAAAUCCUUGUCCACGAGCUUAUUAUCGUUGCACAGUAGCUCCAGGAUGCCCGGUUAGGAAACAGGUGCAAAGAUGCUUAGAAGACAUGUCUAUACUCAUAACAACCUAUGAAGGUAACCAUAACCAUCCACUUCCAGUGGGUGCAACUGCCAUGGCUUCCACAGCCUCAUCAUCAGCUUCAUUUGUGUUAGUAGAUUCAAGUUCUCCUUCAGAUGGUACCUCUUGUGUCACCCAAGCAUCCCUUCCAUACCAUAUGAUGAACCCAUCUUCUCAUCAUCCAUCAAAUAUCAGAAGCAUGAUAAACCCUAAUGACCCAUCCAAAGGGAACAUUGUUCUUGACCUUACAAACAACCCUUAUGAACAAGCUCAUCAUCAACUAAUCCCAAUGGCUAGCCCCUCAUCAUACUCAUCACAACCUCAUCUUCAACAAGGUUUCAAUUGGAUGCAUGGCAAACCAAGUUAUCAUCAUAAUAAUAUUGGCAACUCUCUCACCAACAAUAACCUUUUUGCUAGCCCUAGUGACAAGGGUUGGAAAGCUGAAGAGGAUAAAAAAUCAUUGGCUGAAAAUGUGACAGCAAUUGCAUCAGAUCCCAAAUUUAGGGUAGCCGUGGCGGCUGCUAUCAGUUCUCUCAUUAAUAAAGAGAACCAUAAUAGUACAACUCAUCCUAUGGGGACUUCUUUUGGUCCUAGGGAUAUUGGGGAGAGUAGUAGCUCUGCUAGCAACAAUUGGGUCCUUGAAUCUCUCUCGGGAAAUGGUAAGCCACUUUAG